AUGCAAAAGCCAUUUGAGAGAGCUCCUUCUAACACACACUCGCACUCCUUCACCAUUCAUAUUAACGAACCUCUUAAUCAUUAUCAUCACAUUCAGAACAACAACACCUUCAUAGGUAUCUCGUCAUCCAUGAAGCUGUUCACCAAAUUCCGCAAGAUUCUCACGAAGCUCAUCUUCACCUUCCCCUCCUCAUCCGCCACCGUACGCCGUCGCAAAACCGCCAAUUCCAGCAAUGGCUGCGAGAGGCUAGAGACGCCGAAGAUAUCGUGCAGUAACUCGUACUACUCCUCUCAUUCUCACUACAGUGAAGCUAUAUCAGAUUGCAUUGACUUUUUCAAUAAGUCAUCGAUUGAUAGCUUGUCUCACCAACGUGAAGACCAGAUUGUUCAUGAUAGCUUUUACGUUUAG